CAGCACACUUCCAACGGGUUUCCUUUGUAACAAGUUACCUCCGACGCGAGAAAAUGAAAUACUCCGAGCCUGUUUCUAGGAUUACUGGCCUUGGCCUUGCGAGUAGCAUAUGUAGGACCCCCUGCUCUUCUAGUGUUCUAUGGAGUACCACUAUAGUGGAGACGAACAACCCUCGCUCGCUUCAAGCGCCCCAAGGAAUUUAA